AUAAUAAUGAAUUUAUAUAAACAUGCAAAAAAAGCUUGUGUUAAAUUAUUCCAAUAGAUUAAGCGGUAAUUUUUUUUUUCGAUUACAUCAAGCGGAAGACUAAUUCCAUAUAUGGGUCUAUAAAAUUGAUGGAAAAAUACGAAAAUGUUAUAUAUUUUCUAGCAACUUAACUAGGAGCUAAAGUUUCGUCAUUUCGUAAAUCCUUAUCUCUUCAGUUUUACGUUCACUUAAUUUUAUAUUUAUAAUUGUGCCAGAAAUAUGUAAACGAAUAUAAAGAGCGAGCGUUACCAGACUACUAAAUAUAUUUACCGAACAUAUGUUUGUUUGACACUUCCAUUGUUUGUGUGAUUGGAGCUUAGUUACAUAAAAAGAAACGAAAUGCUUUGCUUCGCAACGUCGCUCGCGAACCAAACAUCUAAGCUGCUAGCUUCUGGGCUACUCCCAGUGACGGGCGGUGCUUUCGGUCCUGGCCUAAACACUGUAAUGCUGCGUAAGCAGCAAACUAUGCCAGUGGUAGAUCCCAAAACUCCUUUGCCCAAAAAAGGUUACAGCCCUUUCGGGACCAAGCAAUCUAGCAUGGGUGAAUGGACAAUGGCACGUUUGGAUGAUUUACUUAAUUGGGGCAGAAAAUCUUCUAUUUGGCCUCUAACUUUUGGUUUAGCUUGUUGUGCCGUAGAAAUGAUGCAUAUUGCUGCUCCCCGGUACGAUAUGGAUCGCUACGGUGUUGUAUUCCGUGCGUCUCCUCGUCAAGCUGAUGUUAUAAUUGUAGCAGGUACAUUGACCAAUAAAAUGGCACCCGCUUUACGGAAAGUAUACGAUCAAAUGCCCGAACCCCGGUGGGUAAUUUCAAUGGGCAGUUGUGCCAACGGUGGUGGCUACUACCAUUAUUCAUAUUCGGUAGUACGUGGCUGUGAUCGUAUUAUCCCAGUGGAUAUAUACGUACCUGGUUGUCCACCUACCGCGGAGGCUUUAAUGUAUGGUGUCCUUCAACUCCAAAAGAAAGUGAAGCGUAUGAAGACUUUGCAGAUGUGGUAUCGAAAGUAAAAUGUUAAAAAGAGAUAUUUUACCCUAAGCUAUAGCAUAAAAACCAUUGCAAAUGAUAUUUUGCGAAUAAGUUUUUUGUGUGAAAUAAAUACAAUUAUUGCAAAACUA